CGAUAUGACAUAUUGACUUACCUCAGCUGUUUUCUCUUGACUUUGUUUACAUUUUUGGAGUUUAUUAACAUUUAAACAUCGUAAAACCAUAAAUAAAAUGGCCUCAGCGACCAGUUCAAGUGCACGGCAUUUAUUUGACGAGUCCAAGAAGCGAUUGUGUGCCCGCGUGGGCGUCAAUGUAAACAAUUUGGGAUCUGUGGCCCGUCAGGUUGUUAGGGGUUCCAAGAGCAAUGAGAUCAUGCAUCAAACCCUGAAGAACUUCACACAAGUGGACGUGGUCUCGGAUUACAGUCAUCAGAAUCUGCAGAAGAUGACCCUGAUUCUGCAGCAUGUAGGCUAUCAGUACGAUGUGAUGCAGGAUAGCGUCAACCACCUGGAUUAUCUUAAGGAGCAAGUGACGGCCAUGGAAAGAUGAUUGGAAGAGCAAAAGCCUAGACACUAGCAGCCAUCCCGACCUCCGUCUUCAGUUUAGUUUAUCCAAAACUAUCUCCCCAUAUAUAUUCAUAAAUACAAAAAGAUAGGCGGCGAAGGUCAAGGGCCACCAGAACAGUUGGGUAUGCCGAUAAGAUAAGCCGUUUGCCAUGAAAAUCCCUUAUAAAAGAGCUGGACCGCAGUUCAUAUCAACGCAGUAGACAAUUAAAUACAAUAUGAUGUGCUUG